UUGAAAGAAAGAAAGACAAGGAUUGUGUUGUGAAACUCUUUCGAUAGGGUCUCGAAAACUGGCAAACAACAACCAAUUCCUAUUUCCAGUUUAUUCUACGUGCCAUGGAGUUCUCAACCCGCUCCAUCCAACACCGCACCGUCGAGAAUUUCUGUUUUCUCUGACUUAUUUGCACGCCAGGCUUGCACCUUGUGUGCUGUUUGUAGAGAUUUCGUUGAGGGAGUUCCUGGUCAUUGUUGACGCAGAGCCUGCGCAAGGUCGGUCUGUUGAGAUCAUCAGCAUGGCUAAACGCCAGCCAGUGAAGUGCUCUAUCAAUGGAUUCCAGGUGGAUUUCCCCUGCAAACCGUAUCCCACUCAGGUGGCCAUGAUGGACAAGAUCUUGAAGGCCAUUGAUCGCGAAGAGAAUGCCUUGCUUGAGAGCCCGACGGGCAGCGGCAAGAGUCUUGCUCUGCUCUGCUCCACGCUGUCAUGGCAACGCAAGGCACGCGAGACGGUGGCGCAGAGGGUCAUGGAAGCCAGACAAGAGAUGGAGCAGGCCGGUGAUUGCUAUUGUACGUGCCACCGCACCGGGGUACCUGUGCAACCACCGACAAGGACAUCGCUGCCGCCAACACCGUCUCUAGCUCUCGGCCCCGGCGGCCAUGACGCCGCUCUGUUGCCGACACCGUCUCUAGCUCCCAGCCUCGGUGGCCAUGACGCCGCUCUGUUGCCGACGCCGACGGUUGUGCCGGGCGCUACACCCCAGUCUGGCCUUGGUGCUCCAAUCGGGCCUCUUCCGGUCGGGAGUUCGGCCAUCGACUUGACGGGUGCUUCGUCGCGGGCUGGACCAGUCCAGACAUUCGGUCAUCCCACGCCAGCUGCCGUGUCGACGGCAAUGGCAGCACGUUCUGGCGGUGGGUUUGCAGCAGGUUCGACUCCAAUUGUGCUGGGUGGCCUGCCAUGCAUGUCCGUGCCCGUACCAACCUCCAGUGGCAGUGGCGACAGUACAGGGAAUGGAAAACGGGCAUGUGCAGGUGUGGACAGUGAUGACUCAGAUCCUGAUUUCAAGCCAGUGAAUAAGAAGCUGAGAGGCUCCAUCAACACAUACCCCAGGCCUCGUCAACACAGAGGUAUCAAGUAUGAAGACGAUGACCCCACCGGGGAUUCAUCUUCGUCGCACGUGGACGGCAGUACCAUGUCCAUUGGGGGCAGUGGCAAUACACCGUCGUGGUCCUGUCAGCUGAAGUCUGGUGUUGCCACCCCGGUUACAUCCAUGCCAGGCGUGGCCGGGGGAGAUGUCACUGCCUCCUAUGCGCCAAGCACUCCGGAGCAGGUUCCGUCUUCGGCAUCUUCUUCUGGUGCGGCGCAGGUCUGCUUUGCCUGCAAGUGUACCGUGCACGAUUACACUACCAGAAAGGCACUGGAGAAGCAAGUCCGAGAAAGAGUGCCGACUAUAUUCUACGGGACGCGUACACACAAGCAGGUUGCGCAGAUUAUCGGCGAGCUCCGCAAGACGGUAUUCAACAAUGUCAGGAUGACUAUAUUAGCCAGUCGUGAGCACUAUUGCGUGCAUCCUGUCGUGUCCAAGUCGGCAAACAAGAGCGAGCUGUGUCGUGAACAUGUCAAGCGAACCAAGAAGAAGAAAGAGUAUUUUAGCGGAGAUUCGUCUGACGAUUCUCUUGGUGAACUUGAGCCGAGUAGCGGCUUUGGGAGGAAGCGUCCGCGGCGCUUAUUCAGAACGAAACACAAGAAAAGCAAAAGGCUGGACACGGGUGAAGGUCGCAGCAAAUCGGUCGGCAACGAACAAGAAAACACGAGCGAACCGCAAAAGGAUGGCGACUGCCGUUUCUACCGCAACAUCCAUAAGAUCAACUCCUUCGAGAAUAUCGCUUUGUUGGGACUCGACCAUGCCUGGGAUAUUGAGGAGCUGGUGACGUUGGCCAAACAGAAGAAGACACGGGCGUGUCCUUACUUUGGUGCUCGAGAGCUGGCUAAGGGUGCGCAGAUCAUUUUCUGCCCGUACAACUACCUGAUCGACCCGCUCAUCCGCAAGCAGAUGGACAUUGAACUCAGAGGCAAUGUGGUGGUGCUGGACGAAGCACACAACAUCGAGGACUCGGCCCGCGACGCCGCGAGCGCCGACGUGAAAUUUGACGACAUCGAGCUGGCGCUGAUCAAUCUCCGAAAGCUGCUUGAGAAAAGCAUUUUGGCGAGGCACCACCGGCCCCUGGAAUCGAUGUUGUCCAGUUUGGCUGGCUGGAUCAAGUCGAUGGAAGGCAAUCUGAUAAGCAAUGAGUUUGAGAAGUAUUCCCGUACCUGGACUGGUAUCGACAUGGUACGGGAGCUGGACAGGAAGUGUGCCAUCAACUCUCAAACCCUUUCACUUUAUCGGACUCACUACGCUGAAGCACAGAAGCAUCUUGCCGAGCAACGUAACAUGGCCACGCAGGGAGAUCCACGUGAUGCGAAUGAUCUGGACGAUGAGAUGAUGCUUGGGCCCACCGCAGCCCUGUUUGACACUCUCUUCAUGGUUCUCAGCUUUCUACUGGACAACAAUGCCAGGCAUGCCAUCGACUAUCGAAUUAAUAUCGAGAAAGUAAGGGGAAGACCCAAGCCGGUUGUCAAUCAGAGGGGUUUUAUACGUCGACCUCGUGAAGAUGAUGCUGAGUUUUGGUCUCUGACGCUACACUUCUGGUGCCUAAACCCAGCAGUCUGCUUCAAAGAGAUCGACAAUGCAGCCCGUACCAUCGUUCUCACUUCCGGAACGUUAGCUCCAAUCGAUUCAUUCUCAUCCGAACUCGGCGUCAUGUUCAAGAUUGCCAUGGAAGGCAACCAUGUGGUGCCCAAAGAUCAGGUGUGGGUGCAGACCUUAGGAGCUGGUCCUAACCAUGUCAAGCUGAAUGCCGCCUAUAAGUUUGUGGAGACUCUCGAGUUUCAGGAUGAGCUUGGUAUGGUCAUCAUGCAAAUCUGUCAGACGGUGCCUUUCGGAGUGCUAUGCUUUCUGCCAUCGUACAGCAUGAUGGAUAAGUUGAUGCGGCGCUGGUCUAUGACUGGCUUGGUGGAUCAUAUCAGACGCACUAAGCAUGUCCUCCUGGAACCCCGUCAUGGCAGAGAUGAGUUUGAUGCGAUGCUCCAGGAGUUUUACGACUCUGUGAAUGCAGCUGUUGCUCGUGGGCUGCACCAUGGUGGCUUGCAAACAGGGGCCCUCUUGUUUGCCGUGUGCCGUGGCAAAGUCAGCGAAGGUCUCGACUUUAGCGAUAACAAUGCACGAGCUGUGAUCACGAUCGGCAUUCCAUUCCCCAACUUCAAGGACAAGCUGGUGGAGUUGAAGCGCGCGUACAACAACGAACAGGUCAACCGCGGUUUGCUGAAUGGAUCAGAGUGGUAUGAGAUUCAGGCGUUCAGAGCGUUGAAUCAGGCGCUUGGCAGAUGUAUUCGACACAAAGGUGACUGGGGUGCGUUGUUUCUGAUCGAUGAGCGCUUCCGAAUGCGACAGGGCCGCUACGUGAAUGGUUUGUCCAAGUGGGUCCGCGGCUCCGUACACCAUGCCGAGUCCUGUCAGAGUGCCAUCGGCUCGUUGAAGGACUUCGUCCAGCACCGGCUGCAGUGCGCCGCCGUGGAGGCGGCUGAGACAGCUGCCGCUGAGAAAAGCGAGGGUCUAUUCGCUGUCACGCCAGCCACACCGAUGGCCAGUGACACCGGUGCCAGCUUUGCCUCUACUCUAACUCCGGGCGCAGCUACUGCUGCUGAAACAUCGGCGGCCACUUUAAAGCAUGUCUCUGCGUUCGCUCACAGCACUCCACGGGGACCCAUGGCGGCGUUUAACCCACCGGCCAGUGUUUCCGUGAAGAAAGAGUGCGAUGCAGUGCAAGCACCGCAAGGACCGAUGGCAGCUUUUAACCCGCCAGCCAGUGUUUCCGUGAAGACAGAGCCCGGUGCAGUUCCUACCCCGUCGACGAUGUUGACUCCGUACUGUUUUGUGCGCGACGCGAACAUCCGCCUGAAGCAGGCGUACGCGUCUGAGCCUGCACCCUGCAAGCCCGUGCAGCCCUUGGACCCAGCCAAGUGUACACCGCUUCUAGCUGAUCACGCCUACUUUUCCACAUUGCCUCAGGUGGUCGACACCCACAGUAGGCCGGGAGCUGCGCAGUCGACUUCGACCGGCCCUACCGUGUUUGGUGGUAUGCUAACGAGCAAUGCCGGCAACGAGAUGGAUUGUGCGCCAGCUGUCGCCAAUGAAGCCGACUCGACGUUGAUGGAUGAUGACACGCUUACGCCAGACUAUGUGCCCUCGCCUUGCCGUAGUCCUGUUAACCAUCAGCACACGACGGCACCAGUGGCGGACGCUGACAGCACGGUUUCGGCCAUUCCGUCGCACUCCUCUUCGGACGCACCGGCCACAGCGACCGGCGUGGCAGAAGCCAGUGGAUCGCCGGAUGCCCCGCGGCAGUCCCCUGUGAAGCGAAGACUCGGUACGGGCACCCGGGCCGUGAAGCUUGCAGCACACUUCCAGUCGCCGGUCAAGUCACCUCUACGUGCUGAAGCGGCUUCUGCACAGUCUCCGCGUCGAACUGAGCCAUCUGCCGUGCAAUCUAUCUAUCCGGUACUCACGGGUCAGGACCACCAGCAGCAGCAACAGGCUGGUCGCACUACUGCCACGCCAAGCUAUGCUGCUGCGUCAGUGAGCGGUGGAAUGUGCGGGCAUGCCUCCACCGUUGCACAGCAGGCUGUCGCUGAGACAUCGAGCACCACGACUAGUGCCUCUAGCAUAUACCCAUCACUUGCAUCAUUGCACUCUGCUGCUGUACUGGCGACAAGCAGCUGCAGUCCACCGGCUAGCCGUGGUGCAGCUACUUGUUCAUCCAACACCCACACCGUUCAUGCCGGUCUCUUUCAGGCUCAAUCAACCCCUGGGGCCAACCGCCUCGGAUCCAGGAACGUUCUGCCCGCUCCUGCUCGUACCGACGAGAUCGAGAUCAGCGAUUCCGACUCUGACUCGGACAUCAUCGAGAGCAGCCAGAAAGCGCAGCUUUCGCCCGGGACCGCCGUCAUUCCCGAAUCACCGCCACUUCUCGGAAACAAUAGUGAUUCCGAUUCUGACCUUCCUCCAGAAAGUGGGGUGCUUGCUCCUGGGAGUCGGCAAAGGACGAUGUCCGAACAGGAGCGGCUGCAGCAAGAAGAAGAUGACCUUCUUGUUCAGCUGACCCAGGAAGCAGAAGCCAGCUUGAGUAUGAGCGACAGCAGUGCCAUCCUGUCGCUACCACCGUCACCGAAGCCCACCGCCAUUGCAGGCGGCAGUGUGUACGGUGGUCUGUGCACUAAGCGCCGCAACACGCGCAUCUGCCCGAGCAAAGGCGUUGCCACCACUACGCAGGGCCUGGCCGCUUCGAGUGCUGCCUCCCUGCCACCGACUGCGGCACUGACUGCAGCAAGCGCUGGGAUCUCUACACGUGGCACUGCCACUGAGAUUGGUAGCUGUGUCACUGCUACUUCUAGCAGACAUGAGGCCAUGAUGGAUGUUCCAUCGGCAAUGGUACCUGUGUUGUGCCGCAGGUGUAGCACACACAUUGCGCUGACUUGGCGACAAGAUGAGGAGCAAAUGCACAAGGAGAAUCUGAAGCAGAUUCCGCCCGUGUUCAAUGACUGGCUCCAGUCGAAAUCGCCAGCAAGCCGUUCGCCCAGUGCAACCAAGCCUGGUGGCACAAGGACGCGUGGCAGUAAAGCAGGCGGUGGGAAGUGCGGCUCGGCUUCUGAUGCCAUUCGUGCACGGCCAUUAUCCACCGCUGCUGCCGGUGGUGGAGUUAACGGUGCACUGCGUCCUUGGACACAUGCUGAUCAGUCGUCAGACUGCAUCCUGGCUAAAGACAUGCAGGUCACUCUUCAGCCGCUCAUGUGCAGUGCAUGUGCUGCUGCACAAUCGACUGCUAGCUCCAGUCUCCGGACUCGACGAGCAGCGGCUGCUGCUAAAUCCUCUGCUGGCACGCAGCAGGCACCACUGGCGGUGGGCUUCAGGUGUUUGCCUCUGCAGGGUAGUAGCAGUACGGGUGGCAGCUCUAAGGCACUCUCUACACAAGAGCUGUGGCUGCUUUCAUCGUGUUGCACUUCAUGAAUGGCUAACUCCAAUCUCUGUUCUCACCAUCGCUUCUAGUACUCUAUGCUAGCAGUUUCAGAUGUGCGUGCGAGCUCUGCUGCAGCGUAACACAUCAGAUGCCUUGCGAUCGCGUAUUGACUCGAGCUGUGUAGAUCUACUGUACUUAGAGCGGAUCUCGCGGCACACCGUGCGUAGUCAGUUGUGAGUCGGCUCUGAGCGACGCGUAUCUUGACUUGAGGCUUCCAGGUGUCGCGGCAACUCAAAUCUGCGGUGUCCGACUGAACAAGUGGAUGAUGUGAGGUCUGUGUGUUUCUUUUUUUUUCUCGUGGGAAUCCGUUGGAUCCAUUGUUCUUGUGUAGCUUUUUAUGUGAUUCGGUGCUGGGCAUUGAUCAUUUUCAUUAUGCCGUAUUUGUUGUGGCUAUCAUAGUAACGUUAUGCAGCCUGACGCAUGCGUGCUGGUACUCUUGACAAGGUUACUGGCCGCGCAUCCGCACCAGCCGCGUAACUCCUUUCUUCUUGUAUUCAGCGCUAGCCUGCUCAAGCGGCGUUAGUUUUGAACAAUGCUUACUACUAGUAACCUCCUGUGCUAACCCCAUACUUCCUCACCAUGUCACCAUGUCACCGGGCUUCGCUGUGCGCAAGCUUCUUCUAUUUUGUUUCUUACUCCGUUUUGAUGCUUUUGAUGCGGUUUUGAUGCUGCAAACAUGUAUUCUACCACAGGUGUACAAGAUAUUUUACAAGUAACUUGAAGAUAGUGCUCUUGCUGUACAGUACCGAUA